AUGACGUUCUCGGAAUGGCCUGGCUACCGUGCAGGUCACCGAUGGACGCAGGAGGACGUCGUUGUCGAGGAUGACGACUCUGCCCGCUCUCCGGCGACGAGGAAGAGAACGGCAUGGGUACGCCCGUUGGGCGUGCUCGAAUGCAAAUUUGACAAGGCGACGCAGCUCGUUGGCCAGUCCGACACGUUCCUCCGCCUCAAGGUGUCGUUGCCGGUCGAGGAGGUCGGCGAAACGGUCGACGAGGCGGUGCGGGACUCUUUUGUCGGACGAGUACUGCUCGCUUGGGCGUCUUUGCGGGCCAGACAUCCGUUGCUCGCCUGUACGAUACACGACGCACCAGCCGAAACAGGCAGCGUCAUCCCGCUCAUCCAGACUAGACACUUUCGCUUCGUCCCGCCGGCAAACGACGACGAAGCUUUCGGGCGAGCAUGGCGGACGAUGCUGGUCCACGACGUCGACGGCGGCCUAGACGCAGCGAUGGAUGAGUUGCAGGACCAGCAUGUUCUCAACGGCGAGCGAGUCCUCCUUGACCAGGCAGCUUGUCUCGCCCGACUUGUCCUCGUCCGUCCUCGAUCUUCCGCCGACCUAGGCUUCUUCCUCGUCAUCUCGCAUGUCAUCUCGGACGGCCUGUCCGUCUUCAAGCUCGUCAACGAGCUGUUUACCCUCGCUUCGUCGCCUUCACGACCUUCUCCCACCUCUCCGCCUACGUUCGCUCGACUGGACGCCCAUCUUUCCGGCGAGCUUCAGCAACCGCCCUGGUCUGUUCCAGACGAAACCACUUCGAACUGGCAGCUCACGCUGGCCGAAGAAGCGGUUCUCGCCCAUCUACCGCUCGCCAGCGAGGAGCACUACCCGGUGUUGCCGCUCUUACCGCCACGGAGCGCAACUCCGCCAGUACAGCCAACCGAGAACCCCUCUCGGAUAGCUUCGCCGGUGCCCCCUCAGCACUCGCCUCCUUCCAUUCCCCAUCUCCGUUGGCUCUGGGCCAUCACUCGCACUAUCCUCCUUCAGCGACAGAGUCACUUCCCUCGCACCCUCUACAUCCCUCGACUACCUCAUCCCCUACCUCCGCCUCAAGCGAGAAAUCGGUGGCCUCGCUGGCGGCUAGAGCGCGAACCAUCGAGUCGAGUUAUCCGGUUCUGCAAGACUCAUUCAGUGUCUCCCAGCAUGCUCCUCUACUCCCUCAUUUCCCUCUCGCUCGCCAACGUCCUGAAGUUGGCUCAUCCCGACGCGCCUUAUCACCCUAUCGUCCUCGGCUUUCCCUUCUCCGCACGACCAUUCCUGCUACCGCGACCAGCGGACUCGCCUCAACGACCUUGCAGCGACCCAUCUUCCGACCUCGCGAUUCGCAUCACCUUCGGCUCAAUUCACCUUCCCAAUCUUCCUCUCGACCCGAACAAGCGCCCACAAGCGGAGGAGAUACGUCAGGCGGCGCUGCGAGGCGCGAGACUGGCGAAGGAGCAGUUCGCCACGCGGCUUGCGCCCAAUCAGACGAGUCGUACGGUCUUUCUUGCGGGCAUGUAUGGGCUCAUUCUCGAUCGACUACUAAAUUCGACCGGCAAAAACCCGAUCCCGUACAACGAGGAGAAGACCGCUUUGAACGCGAGCAUGAUCGGCGACGUCGACCGCCUCCUUGCGACCCGCUUCCCCUCGUCUCCCGACUUCGCCAAGUCUCCUUCCCGCGCCUUCCGCCUUCAUGACAUCAUGAUUGGUACACGGCUACAUCGCGGCGAGGGCAUGUUGCUCGAGGCAUUUACGUGGGACGGGAUGAUCACGAUCUGUCUCGGCGUCGACGACCAUCUCAUCUCGCCAAAAGUCGUCGAGGCGCUGCUGAGCGGGAUCAGGACUCUUGCAGAGGUCGUUGCAGACGAAUAG